ACACAGAAAAUAAAAGGAGUGGCAGUGGUUUAGCAUAUGACAUCAUCCAUAUUUUUUUAAAUAAACCUCAGGCCAUGUUCUUCAUUGGUUCCUAGCUGGAGAAAUCGAUUUUUUGGGGGCAUGCUUCUCCUGCAAUUUCACCCUCGCUCGACUGUGUGGUAACGCCACUCAUUCGAUUCCUCAUCUCGAGAGUGAGCUUCUGCGGUCCUGAGAACGUUACUAAAAGAGGGAUGCACGCCGUUUGAACARGUCAAUUGAAUCUACAGCUUGAGUGUGAAGCUUGGCAGUGAAGGGACGUUUAUAACCUCUGCAUCGACAUAUUUGGUCUGUUUUUGUCCAGCCAGCGAGGAAUAAGCCUUAAAAAAGGAGUAGCCUACGACGGUACCUGAAAGAAUUUGGGGGGAAACGCUGCGAAGCGUGCCUCGACAUUCUUACGAUCCGUGAGGUUGUUGAGGACGUUGGCUCCACUCCGGGUUCAGUGCGUUUGUGAGCCGCUGGAUCCGGUGAGUGAGACCGUUGCCGGGCCUACAAAAGGAUGAAACCGGAUGGGGCUGCCAUGGAGCCCACAGAAGCCGUAGGAGCCGAGCCCUCGGCCCAGGGGAUGGCCACCGACGAGAUUCCCACCCAGCCAGCUCCUUCAACUUCCCCGUCCUCUCCAGCACAGCCUGAAGACACCCACAACAGCGCAGCGCAGCCUGAAAACCCCACAGCCCCCUCUGCAUCCAAGGAGGUCAAUGGGGCCAAUGGCAAGGCAGCAGCGGACCCCAAACCCAAGGCUAAGACCGUGGGCUUGGCUAAACCACGGCCAGGCACAGCUGGCACCAAGACCGCAACGGGUCCGGCAUCAGGACCCAGCACCUUGCGUCCGGGCACGGCCCCAAGCCACAUGGCCAAUGGAUUAAAGUCCUCAGCCAGUGACCUGGCCAAGAAAGCUGCUUUGGACAAAAARAGAAGCACCACUAUAGCUGGAGCACCGGCUGCAGCCACAAAGAGGUCCGUGGCYUCCACUGUCAGGACCCAAACUAAGGUAGCUGUCGGAGUCCCCAGGUCCACCUCUGCUACCAGGCCAACCAACGCUACAUGGACUGCGGCGACGGGGCCUGGCACUCCAACGAGGAGACCUCCAGCUGCUGGGCCCAUUAAUGGGGCUGGGGCCAGACCCAAAACCACAGCUUCCAGACAUGCUGCCCCCAAGCCUUCCAGCACUUCAGCUGCGGCCAAACCCGAUAGGACACUGGUUUCCAAGACAACCAGGCCUGCCACUGGUCACACUGGACUGUUAAUGGGCACAUCCAAGCCAGCCRCUGCCGGCUCCAGCAGACCUGCAGCUUCCAGAGUCGGCACCACAGCCCCCUCUACUGGCAGGACUACCACAGCGCAGGCACCCAAACCUACAGGCCCUGCCAAGAAAGAUGUCAGCAGACCAGCAACCACUASCGCAGCCAGAAAUCCGGUAACAUCCGCCACUACCAAAACGACCAAACCUGACCCCCCUAAAGCGACUGCAGCCUCCAGACCCGAGCCKGCCUCCAAAAGGCCCCMUCCCACCAAGGYGRCAGACACCAAGCCAGCCCGCCCUAAAUCACAGGACCCCAAGCCACUGCCCACACGUAAAGCCCCUCCCACCACGCGGCCCCCUGCCACACGACAGCCCCAGGGCAAGACCCCCCCUGCCUCCCCCAGCAACAAGCCCGUGGGCAGCACCACCCCCCAGUCGGUCAAACGAGCCUUCAAACCAACCCAGUCUGUCCUGCCCUUCACUGCCAGACCUGGAGCUCCCAAGUCUGCUGCUGUGGCAACAGUCGCCAUGACAGCCGCAGCRGAGCCAGAAAUGGCAGCUUCAGAAGUCCCAGCACCCGUGUCUGCGUCUUUGCCAGCAGUGGCCCUGGAGUCCAGAGAAGAGGUUUCAGCCCCAACUCAGGACUCACCACCACAGAGCCCACUCAGGCUGGCUCCUGCUCCACCACAGGACUCACUAGUCACUGUUGCCCAGGAGGAGAGGUCUGAACGACCAGAGACUGUCCCAGCAGCCCCGACACAGCCAGCACCAGACCAGACCUUACACCAGGACAUCCCCGCAGCAGUGGCUAGGGCUACACCCAGCCCUCCGGAUGCCUCAGAGAAAGCCCAGCUCAACAUGGAUGAAGAAGAGGACGAGGAGMGGGAGGGCAGCCAGCAGGUGUCUGUGUCAGAAAUGAGCGGCUCCCAGCCCACGGAAGAGUCCAGGCCUGGCUCAGCCGGCCCUGCGGGUUCAGGGUGGCGUGCAGGCGGCGCUCUGCUAUCGGAGCUGGACUCUGAGGUGAGCUGCAGCCAGCAGGGGGCGUUGGAGCUGAGCGCCCCGGGCGUCCUGGAGGGCACAGAGAGUAUGGAUGACCUAGGAGACGCCAGUCUGAAGGGUGCCAUCGACAUGGAGGGCAUGUCUGCCUCGGCCGGCUCGCCUGACUUCGAGAAGGUGCCCGACAUCCCGACCAAUGAUUUUGAUGACGACGAUGAAGACGGAGACCGGGUGUGCGACAUGGAGGUGKGUUCGGAACGGGCGGAUGACCCGAGAAGAGUGAGGCGUGACGAGGACGAGGAUGACGAUGUGGAGAUGGCCAGUGAGGGGGUGACAGAGAGCGGGCUGGAGAGCUACGGGAAUGCAGACGAGGAUGACUUUGCRGAGGAUGAGAGACUGGACAACCUGAACCAAGCCCUGCCUGCCCCGCUGCUGCCCUCUGCCCUGGCCGCCCAGUGGGACCAACCCAACCCCAACUCCUUUUGUGACCCGUGGGCCCAGCCGCACCCCCAGGCUGCCUCAGCCUCCCCCCUGCGGACCCCUACCAGCCCCUCAGACCCCUGGCAGGCUGAUAUGGAGACACCCACCCAGUACUCCGCUCAGCCCUGGCUGCAGCUGGCUGCCACACCUUUUGUUCCAGCUCUGCAUGAGCCCUCACACCAGCCUGCCCCUGCAUCUCCACUUGAGAAAGAGACCCUAGCCCCAUUGCACUCCCUGUCCCCCAUAGCUGCCUCCGGCCACGGCAUGUCACACUCCAGCACCCUAAGCGCUACGGAGCUGGCUGUCCACAGCAGCAGCGAGACCAGCACCCCAGAGGAGCUCUGUGACUACAACAGCAGCUCCGGGGUAGAGUCCCACUCUGAGGGGGGGAAGCUCCACACCUUGCCUGCUGCCCUGGCCCCCGUGCUCUCCCUCCAGCCUGAAUUGGAGGACCUGGGCAUCCACCUGGUGAGAGAGGACGGAGACGGGGAGGUGGCAGAGACCCUGCCAGCCAACGAGGUCCCAGGGGACCCCGCCACAUCACCCACGUCCAACCCCUCGYCCUCCUCCACCACGGAGGAUGAGGCCAGCGACACGGAGGGCGAGGCCCAGCUGGACGAGCUGGGCCAGGGCAUCCACACUGCCGCCUUUGACAGCAAGCCCGGCGCCCAGCGCAGCCUGUCUGCCCUGGAGGAAGGGGAGGAGACCAGUGGAGGCACAGACGAGGGCGGAGACACCCCCCAGUCUGCCAACUCGGCGGCAUCCUACGCCUAUGACAUGACGGCGUCCAACACCAACUCCAAUAACCACUCCACGGCUGAGAGCUGCGCCAAGAGCCCCGGCAUCUUCUCCCUGGAGGAGCUGCCUGAGGAGGCCAAGGACCCGUCACUCAUCCAGGAGCUGACCAUGCCGCCGCCCCAGCAACAGGCUGCCUCGGCAGACUCCCUUCUAGUCUCCAACCCAGAGGAGCAGCAGUACAUGUUGUGUGGGACGCUUGAGACAGAGCUAGGGGACAUGGGGGAUCUGAAACCCCUGGACCCCGUGCUGUUCGUGGCCCCCCAGCAGCCCGGGGAGGGCCCCCGUGUCACCCAACCGCCCUACUACUCCACUGUCUGUGAAAACACUGAGAACUCUCUCACAGGGCUCAACGUGCUCCCCCAGCCACACUACCGCCGCGACCACCACCCCAACCCCCACUGUGACCUCUUGACCCCACCCAGGCUGACCUGUGCUGACCUGCCCCCCCGGAGCCCUCGCCUGCAGGCCAGCCCCCAGCUCCGUAGACUGGAACGGCACCAGCAACAACUACUAGAACUGCAGCAACGCAGAGAACAGCAGGGAAAACCCAAAGAAGAAAAGGACGAAGAGGCAAGGAGGAAGAGAGAGCAGGAGAUGAAGAAGAAAAAGGAGGCGGAGCAGCAGCAGSAGGAGGAGAAGCUGAGGAGGGAGGAGCUGAAGCAGAGGCAGCAGAUCAUGCAGUGGCAGCAGGAGCUGGAGGAGCAGGCACAGCAGACGUCACCGCAACAACAGCCCCAAAAAGGGCAGGCAACAGUGCUGCUUUCGCCUUCCUCUGGUCUCCAUACCAUUUAUGAAGCCCUGGAGAGUGAUGAAGAGGGGAAGGAAAUKGAGGUUAAUGUCCAGCUCGAACAACGCGAAGAAGCCCSGCUGGAGAAAGAGGUUGACGGUAACAGUGACCGUCGAGAGGUAUUGGAUGAGGACGGAGCUGAUAGCAACUCCACCUCCACUCUCAGUCCCUCUCCAGACUCYGCCGAGCAGGAAGAGUCCCGGGACGUCUCCCCAGAAUGCCCCCCUCCCCUGGACUUGGACUGGGGGAAGAAAGUUGACAUUGUCCAGCAGCUGAUCAACCAGACCUUGCUGCUGACGGGCGACGGCUGCUCCUCCCUGCUCCUGCUGCCCGGAGGCACCUUGAGCCCCCUGGAGGCCAGCCUGUGGCCCAACCUGCUGCCCCCCCUCACCCCUCCCUCAGCCACGGUCACGUCGGUCAGCAGCUUCUCCCCGGAGGCCCCCGGCCAGUCCCCCCAGGGUGAGUGGACAGUGGUGGAGCUGGAGACACACCACUGAGGGAUGUAGAGACGUGUGUGUGUGUGUGUGUGUGUGUGCGCACAGUGAAGACUCACCACUAAUGGUCGCACACACUGCUCCACAAUAUUAUUCAAGGUCUGUCAGUCACAUCACUGCUGUACACAACGCUACUUUUACUUUACUUGCCAUUCAACACCACUGCAAAUACAACACUACUGUUUGAUACACUGAACUUAUACCACUGUAUUUUCAAACAUGAUACCUUUUUGAAUGGGUGGCAAAGGACACUGACACCACGGUCAUAUCAAUCACAGACUGACUCACACUGGAAUUUUACACCUCUCUCUCAUGCCAAAACUAUGUUAGGUUACACACCAGCAGUCCCAGAGGGCUACUACCUUGAUUAGACUGGUUGACUGAAGCUUCUGGGCCAGCUAUUUGGGUAGAAUAGUGACAACUUGUUAGCCAUUGAAGCUAAAACUACUGUAUUUUAACAUUUAUUUACCUAGGCAAGUCAGUUAAGAACUAAUUCUUAUUUACAAUGACGGCCUAGGAACAGGGG